CAGCGACGUUUUUACUUGAUGUUGGAGAUGAGAUGUAUGUAUGGGAAGGUUGGAUGCCAGCAGAAAUCACUAAAGAUAAACGAGGAUCUGCUAAGAGACGUUGGGACAAGGAGAGAAAACUAACGUUACAGACUACUUUAUCUUAUAUUGAAGGUAAAUAUUUUAAUCCUCUUUCCCAGAGGCUCAAAAAACGUACGUGAUUUUUCUUCGUCAGAGGGAAGUGAAUGCGCGGGAAAAGCCCUGGCCAAUCAGGAGACCAUAUGUGGGAAACUGUUUUGGAAAUGUUUCCUAGUCAUGUCUCCCAAAAGAAGACAAACCAUGAAACAUUGCUUCAUGUUUCCCGAAGGUGAGGGUGAACCAGGGAACAUAUUGUUUCCUAGUCAUGUUUCCCGAAGGGAAGGCAAACCAGGGAACAUUGUUUCCAAGUCAUGUUUCUUGAAGGUGGGCAAACCAGGAAACAUUGUUCCCUAGUCAUGUUUCCCAAAGGAGGGCAGACCAGGAAACAUUGCUCCCUAGUCAUGUUUCCCAUAGGAGGGCAGACCAGGAAACAUUGCUCCCUAGUUAUGUUUCCCAAACGAGGGCAGACAAGGAAACAUUAUUUCCUAGCCAUGUUUCUCGAAGGUAGGCAAACCAGGAAACAUUGUUUCCUAGCCAUGUUUUCCAAAGGAGGGCAGACCAGGAGACGUUGUAGGAAACAUUGUUUGUGCCACGAUGUUUGCUAGUUUGUUUAGGGUUUCAACGUCCUGGAGAAAAACAUGUGUGCCCCACUACAAAGUAACAUUACUCGUACCUUGCUAUUUCCAGCAGCAAACGAACGAAUAACGAAAGGAGCUUACGUGGUUCAAGCUGGUUUGGAACCAUCAUGUUUUACAACUCAUUUUCCAUUCUGGAACCGAAGACAGAGCAUCGCAGAAAUACAACGAAAGGUAGUUGUCAAAUAUAGCUUCAAAAAGUUCGCCUUGUGACGUAGUUUGCGGAUAAAGGAAAACCCCGCACAGCCAUUUGUCUUGCCUGUUUAGCCACAUGAUCGUAUUUAUCCUCAAACUACGUCCACAAGGCAGACUUUUUAAAAAGAUCUAUUGCUAGGGGUCUCCCAACGGUUUCCAGGAAACCAGGGGUUGAAAUGAGCGGGCCUUAAAUGCGACCAAUUUUUCAUCUGGCAACCUGAUAUUUACCAAAGGUAACCCUCGUGGCCACUGAGUAAAAACUGAAAAACUAAAGUAGUUCUAGAGCUAGCUUUAAAUUACCUCAGUGAUGAAGUAUUUCACUCUGCUUUUGCAUAUAGUUUGCCAAUAUAUUAAAUUAAACAACUGUUUUUAUAUUAUCUACAUACAAAGAGAAUACUUCAUAACAUAUUGGUAUAGGGAGACCUGGUAUUAAAUUUGGCGACCAGGUAGCUACUGGUAUAGCCACUUGGGCGACUGAAAAAAUUUCUAAAAUUUCAACCCCUGCAAGGCGUAUUUUUUAAUGGAAACACGGGAACAAAGCCAAAAAGUAAUUGGGAACGUGUAAGCUGGGGGAGAAGAAAAGAAAUAUUUCCAAAAAGAGAAGAAAAGAAAUCUUUCCAACAAGAGAAGAAAAGAAAUAUAAGGGAACACGGGGACACCCCUCCCCGUGGAAGAUCUGCAUUGUUGACUUUUUUCUUAAUUCUAUAGGAAGGUAAAAAAGAUGGAGAAAAGAAACCGAUUGAAAAAGCUCUAGAGGCCCUUACUAAGUGAGUUUCAUGUUUUGUUUAAUGAAAACUCGUUCCAUGCCAGAGGCGGCACACCAUCUUAACAAUGUUCGAUCUGCAAAUUAUCCGCUAUGAUUUCAAAUUGCAAAAUGGCUUUCUGAAAGAACUAUUACAACUCUUAUAGAUAAUUGUUAAAUCGUUUCAAAUUUGUCGAAAUGUAACAUAUAUUUGUAGCUUGUUGACAUAAAACAUAUGCACGAUAUCCCAAGAUCUAGUGAAGAUACUUUGCAUAUCAAAAUUGUUAAAUAGCUUAAGAACAAAGCAAGCUAAGAGAGUCCUAUAUUCGGUCAUUUUGAAUUUUCUUUACAAUUCGUUAAACUAUUUACACGAUGUUCAUUUUUUUUACAGGAAAUUCUACAGUUUCAAGGAACUAACAAGCGAUAAUCCUCCGGACGGAGUUGAUCCAUCAAAACUUGAAACUUAUUUAACUGAUGAGGACUUCGAAGUACGUUAUUUUAUUCCUUCAUGCCUCUUCAUUUUAAAUCGUAGUAUCAUUAGCUAUUUUAACAUGGUAACAUUUCCAUUGAUGAAAAUCCGGCUUUGCGGAUAGAUAACUUUGACAAAUAAGUACAUCGUGUUUUCGGAAAAAAUUAUACAACAAUUAUUGGACGAGUUGAGCAAAAUAUUGUGAUUUGUCAGUGGUGAGCAGAUCAAUUAUUUGCCGAAGGCAGAGGCAAAUAAUUGAUCUACGAGCCACUGACAAAUCACGAUAUUUUGCCUUAAGCGACAAAUCACGAUAUUUUGCCUUAAGCGAGCCACAGACAAAUCACGAUAUUUUGCCUUAUUUUGCCUUCAAUAAAUGUUUUAUCAUUUACUUAUUCAUUUACUUAUUCAUGGCCGUCACGACGUUCAAUAAAUCUGUACAAUAACAAUGUCUGAAAAUUUAAUUGUUGUAGAUUAUAAUUUUAUAUGCACAAUAAAUAUGGUAAAAAUCACAAUAACAUUGAUAAAAACAAAGCGUUUAAAACACACAGGUAUUAUACAAUUACUUUAUGGUUUCCGUGUUUGGAUGGCCUGAUCCAAACACGCGGGAAUGUUGCGAGGGUUAAGAAAAGCGAGCGAAAUCACGAGCCGAAGGCGAGUGAUUUUGCCCGCUUUUCUUAACUCGAGCAACAUUCCCAAGUGUUUGGAUCAUUCCAUCCAAACACGGAAACCAUAAAGUAAUUGUUUUAUAAAAUAAAAACAACACGAUAGCCUUCCGUGUUUGGAUGGCCUGAUCCAAACACGGGUUUCGACCAAUCAGAAUACGCGUUAUGUACAUGUUAUUUUAUAAAAAUUAUUAAUUAAUGAUGUCAACGUGAAUCUUAAGUGCGCAUGCGUAUAAUCGAUAUUUUGGAAUUGAGCCAAUUGGUUUCAAAAGUGCGCAUGCUCAGACCAUUAUUUGCACCCGUUAUUUGCAGCUGACGUAUUAUUCUCACCAGUUAUUUGUAGGAAAAUUAGCCAAUCAACGUUGAGAAAACGAAUAAGUAAAUGAUAAUUGUAUUUAUCGCCAUGCAUCAAUUUUACCACAGAUACACACGUGAAAAUCUCACAUCUUGUGGCAAGUCUGCUAACAAGCCGUCAACAAGUUGUGUUCGCACUGCUUGCCCCAAGCUGUCAACAAGUUUGGAACAAGCUGUGAACAACUUGUAACAAGCUUGAUAACCCUAUCAGACUUAAUGUGGCAAGGUUGUUCUAACAAGUCCGAUGCAGUCAUGAUAUAACAAUAUUGCGGUUACAACCUUGUGUCGUCAACCUUGUAACAUUCUUGUUAUAUCAUGACUGUAUCAGACUUGUUAGAACAACCUUGUAACAAGUCUGAUAAAUGCCAUCAAGCUUGUUACAAGUUGUUAACAGCUUGUUCCAAACUUGUUAUAACAACUGGGAACAAGCAGCGCGAACACAACUUGUCGACAACUUGUGAACAGAUUUGUAACAACUUGUUUGCAGACCUGUAACAACUUGUGCGUUUUCAUGUGUGUAGCCCAGACUCACAAAACGAGGUCAUUGCGGCAAGGAGGCAGUAUUAAUUAAACAGUACAGACUAUUUGCUUUUAAAAGCCUUCUGCUGUAAGUCGUGCCAAUUACUAAAUAUUUUCGGUAAUAAUAGAAAUUAACAACUUAAAACCUCUAAACUGCUAAAUGUAACCAUGGGUGGGUUGACUACAAAAUUUUUGUAGUUCGCUAUAACUACAGCUACUUCAAAAAUAUGUAGUCAGCUACAACUAUGCUACUUUUGAACAAAGGUAGUUCGCUACUGACUACAGCUACUGCUUAAAAAAUGUAGCGAACUAUUUCACUAUUUCACUACACUAUAUUUUUUUAGUUUUACUAUAUUUGGAGCAUCUACUAACUCAGGCUGUAAUGCAAUCUAUAACAAAUCGACUUACGAGUAGCAACAGUAAACACAAAGCAACAUUGUUGUAAGCACUACAGUGUUCAGGAGUGCAAAUUGACUAUUGAGUAUUGAUUUUAAACAAAUCGUGUCUCAAUAUCAUAUGCUAUUCUGUCAAGUUACUAACAAUUUUAAAAAGUAGCGAACAGCGAUUCGCUGUUUGAAAAGUAGUCAACUACUUGGCUACUUUUAGGCAAAAUGUAGUUCGCUAUAACUACAACUACUGUUUUAAAAAAGUAGUCAAAAACUACUGGCUACUUAAAAAUUGUAGUUCGCUACAGUAGCGAACUACAACUACUUCGCUACAACCCACCCUUGAAUGUAACUAUUUUUGUUCUUGGCAGGAAAACUUCCAGAUGCCACGAGACUUGUUUGGCCUAUUCCCCGGAUGGAAACAAGAUAUACUGAAAAAAGCGUUCGGUUUAUUUUAAACAUCACCCUCACUUGUUUAGCAAGUACCUAUACGUGAAUGGCCAAGAGCUCUAGGAUAUUAUAUUCAACAAUUAUAUAGAGAGUAACUUAGAUUGCCGUGUAAAAAAAUUGGAUAUAUUAUAUAUAAAUUGGCUAUAUCAAAACAUAAACCAUAAACUAUGUAUUUAAAUGUUGGAAUCUAAAAAAAGUAUGUAAUAGCGGCUCUUGCCUAAUCAGUAUACAUUUUAUGUACAUAUAGCUUAAAAUUCUUAAAAUCAUUUUGAACAAAUCUCUUAGAAGUUUACCAAAUGAUAAUGAAUCUUGGUUUUAUGUAUGUAAAGAGAAACUAAAAACAGUUACUUUUUAGUUUCACGUAUAUGCAAUAAAAAGACAUAGUUAAUUUUAAUAAGUUUAGUUUAGUUAUCAAUAUUUUAUGUACUGUUUAAUAAACGAGCAGGAGUGUUUUAUUAGGUUUAAAGCACGAGCGCGCAGCGCGAGUGUUUUAUAUCUGAUCAAGCACUUCUCGUGUUUUAAAUAGUACUUAAAAUAUAUAUGAAAUGAAAAUAAUGCGGAUAGAAGUAUGUAUAAUAAAGUGGAAUGUCACUUUAAUGAACAGUCGCAAAUAGUCAAUAUAUCAUGUAUUUAUAUGUAUAAUUUAGUUGGUGUACGUAAAUUAUUUUAAUAUUUAUGGUAAUAAAAUAUAUAAUUUAAACAAACAUUACUAAAUAAAAUAGUUAUAAUUGCAUCUGGGAGCGUUGCUACCAGAUUUUCUGACG